AUGGAUGAUACUGCUUCUAAACAAAAGACAUUCAAAGAUUUAGGAUUGAUUCCUGAAGUGUUGAAAGUAGUAGAGUAUUUAGGAUAUAAGAAACCAACAAAAAUUCAAGAAAAUUCUAUUCCAGUUGCAUUACAAAAGAAAGAUAUUAUUGGAAUUGCACAAACAGGAAGUGGAAAAACAGCAUCAUUUCUACUUCCAAUGAUUCAACAUUUAUUAAAUGUUAAAGAAAAGAAUAGAGCAUUUUAUUGUAUUAUUAUUGAACCAACAAGAGAAUUAGCAGCACAAGUAGUUGAAGUAUUAGAUGAAAUAGGAAAAGCACUUCCUGGAUUAAUGUCAUGUUUAUUAGUAGGAGGAAUGGAUGUAAUGAAACAAAGUGUUCAACUUGCAAAAAGACCACAUGUAAUUUUGUUGGGAACACCAGGAAGAAUAGUUUAUCAUAUUAAAAAUACAAAAGGAGUUGAAGAAUCAAUUCAAAAAGUUAAAUUUUUAGUAAUUGAUGAAGCUGAUAAAUUACUUGAGAUGGAUUUUGCAAAUGAAAUUGAUUAUUUAAUUGAAAAAUUACCAAGUCAAAGAACAACAAUGUUGUUUUCAGCAACUAUGUCAACAAAAGUUGAAAAAUUACAACGAGCAUCAUUAACACAUCCUGUUAAAAUUAAAGAAGAAGAACAAAAAUAUCAAACAGUUGAUACAUUAAGACAAGAAUAUUGUUUUAUUCCAUUUAAAUAUAGAGAUGGAUAUUUAUUAAGUAUAUUAAAAGAAACAGAAGGAAAAUCAAUUAUUAUAUUUACUAUGAAAUGUUCAGGAUGUACAAAAUUAGUAAUGAUGUUAAGACAAUUAGGAUAUGCAGCAAUUCCAUUACAUGGGAAAAUGAGUCAACAAAAACGAUUAAUUGCAUUAGAA